UUGUUCUAUUUAUUUUGACAGAUUCUGUUCAUUCUUGAAGGAACACCAUGGACACCUUUGAAACCCAUCAAAUCUUCAUUUGUUUCAUAUUUAUUUAAAAACAUGAAAAAAAUCAACCCAGACCAGAUAGCUCUGAUGGAGAUAGAGACUGGGAGAUCUCUAACUUACGGGGAGUUAAUACACAAUGCUCAGUCUCUGGCAUGUGGUCUGCGCUGGAUAGGUAUCUUACCAGGUCAAGUCGUAGCAGUGGUCAGCUACAAUAGUCUGGAGGCUCAGACGAUGAUAUUGGCAUCAUUGCUUGUUGGAUCAAUUGCUGCUCUUAUGGAUGUAACUCUCAAUGCUGUGGACCUAUCAACUCAACUUCGUAUAAUCACUCCACAUUUGCUGUUUAGUGAAGGUGGCAAGACAUUGUCUAAAGUAGAGAUUGCCAUGAAGUACAUGAUGACAACCAAACUACCCCAAAUUGUAGUCAAUUCUCUGCACAAUAAGUCUAAGAAAUACUUUGCCAUAAACCAGCUGAUGAGAGAAGUGGAACUUAACUUCAAGCCAGAAUUCCGUAAGGCUAAUCCUCUUAAUCCUCUCUUCAUCCUCUUUUCAAGUGGAACUACUGGAUCAGCAAAGGGAGUUUUGAUAUCAGAGCGGUUCUUUAUGAAUAACAGGUUUUUCUUCGAGUCACCAUACACAGUUGGAAUGUCUCACAUUUUAUUGACUUCUACCCCUCUGUUCUGGAUUAGUACAUUAGCCAGUUUAGUCUUGCAGUUUACCAAAGGACUGAAAACUAUAUUCUUACGGGGUUCACAUUCAGAGGCUGUACUCAUCAGUGCUCUACAUAAAUAUAAGGUGUCUAUCUGGAUGACUGGGCCUGCUUCUCUCAUGGAUCUGUGGAACUGGCCAGUUAGACCUCACUACAAACACCUCAAAGUCAUCUUAGUAUCUGGAAUGAAUUUUCCAGUAGAACAUUUUAUUAAAGUUCGAGACGAACUUUUCAAAGGAAAAGUCCAUGUUUGCGAAAUUUAUGGUUUGACAGAAACGGGAGUAUUAACCAGAAGUACUCCUCGAUUAAACAAACUUGGAUCUGUUGGUGAAAUAGUCAGCAACACUAAAAUGAAGGUAGUGGAAGAGGGUACUGGCUUCACUCUAGGGGCUUACCAAGAAGGGGAGCUCUGCUUCAAGUCCCAGUCUUUGAUGUUGGGUUACUACAAAAACCCGGAGGCCACUCAGCUGAUGUUUGACAGUGAGGGAUUCUUUCAGACAGGAGACCUGGGAUACUAUGACAGUCAAGGGUUUGUUUUCAUCACUGGCCGCAAGAAGGAUAUUAUUAAGUGGAGGUCAUACCAGAUCUCAUCAUCUGAAGUAGAAGCACAACUGAUAACACUGCCUGAGGUGAGGGAAGUGGUAGUAUUCGGCAUCUAUGAUGACAAAGACGGAGAACAUGUGACUGCAGCUGUCAUUCUCCAUCCUGAAUUUAAAGAUAUUACUCCACGGGAACUGGAAAAACAAGCUAAUUAUCACUUAUCUCACUCCAGGAAAAUACGAGGAGGUAUUCACUUCUUUGACACAUUCCCCUGCACUGCUAGUGGCAAGCCUAUCAAACUGCUCAUAGCUAAGGAAGUUCUUGAUCGUCUCCAUAUGAGGGAGAUGGAGUGCUUUGACCGUUGCUUCUAAAGAUUCUCAAUACAUCAAUUUUAAAAAGAAAAUAUUUUACAGUUAUAUGCAAGUUUUAUUACCCUUAUCAAUAGUUUAUAUUCCAUCAUAAAUGUGUUUUUAAAUAUUUGUUGUUUUGAAAAUUAAAAAUUUUGUUCUUUGUAUGUAUAA